UCAAGCCCAAAAAGUCAACUAAAAGAAAUGCAAAACCCCAGAUGUCACUUUUUGGAAUUGUGUGGACAAUGUUAGACUCCAUGACUACACAAACUACAAGACUUUAUUUCAAGCAUUUGAGGGGAGAACAGGUCGACAAUAAUAUUGUAGGAAGAGGUGUACCAAGAGAUGCAUCGAGUUUGUUAAGAGAGCAAAUCUUUGCCGAAAAGAUUCUGGAAACAUAUGCCGUUAUACGCUCGCAGAUUGGUCUGAGAGAUGUAAUUGAAAAUGACAUCGCCGAUCUCAUCAGGACUUUUAAUCUCCCAAACGCUUCAAAGGUUGUAUUGGAGCCUACCCAAGCUUACAUGAUUACUUUGGUUUUAUUCAAGGCCAUUGCUGAUAUUACAAUCAAGGAUAAGUCAUGGCUGAAAAAAUUUGAGGAAUGCUGUGGCGCAAUUGGGCAAACAAAAGAUACUAUUGAUGCGUGUGCUCGUGUUCUGGUAGCAUCAACCUCUUACAACUAAAAUAUACUUUCUUCGUAUGAAAGGCUUAUGAAACAUAUUUGUAAUAUUAUAUUAGUACAUUCAUAAAAAAUAGAUAUCUAUUAACUGCUUACUUU